AUGGAGACAAAGAUCAGCAAGCAGUUAAGACUCCCAUUUCACGAAGAUCAUCCUGCCAACUGCUACCUGCCACCUGGCAUCUCCACCACCGGGAGUGCGAUUCGGGAAGAAAAAGAUACCCGCCCGAACUCCUCCCGUCAUCGCUACAGUACGCUUCAAGGUCAGUGCAGACAUGGCCUGCUGUGGCCCAAGACGUGUCUCUCGCUAAAGGGUCCAGCAGAACUGCAGCAAGCGACGUGGAUUGCUACACUUUUAGCCCUACGAAGUCUCUGUGUCAGGAUGUCUAUGAUGCGGAUUUUUAUCGACUCCGUCACGCUAACUAACAUGAUAGAUGGGAUUCUGACGCACAAGUCGCGAGUGAACCCAUUUGAAGCUCCUUUUUGCCGUCGCCCAGGAAACUCGCUACUACAGGGCAGAGCACAGAGCGUCCGUCCUACUGUUCACUACCGCAGCACCAAUCGGGAUUUCUUCGGCGCCUGGGAUUUUUCUAUACAACUUAUACGUCGCCACAUCGCCCUAGAUACCUAUAUGCUCGUGGUUUUCGCUAGUGAAAGCAAAUUUUCAUUUAUUCGAGCCUUGGCCGAACUCGAGGAUGGCGCUCAGCGUCACCAGGUCGCCUUCACCCCCAGUGCGCCUUGCCCGUUGAGCGAUGGACAGCUUACGGGCUUCAUCCGCAGAUUUCCCAGAGCAAAGUGGUCUUGA